AUGGAGGAGGAGCUGGCAAAGAUAUUAGGCAAAGUGGUUGGUGAUAGGGGUGGCGGUGGUGGAGGAGUAAGUGGUGGGAUAGACAAAGGAUUCGGUGGAGGAAUUGGAGGUGGGGUUGGUAAUGGAUUUGUUGAAGGAAUAGGGAAAGGAAUUGGAGGUGGUUGCAGCAAUGUUAAAGGUGGCGGUAUUGGUGGUGGAGGUGCGGGUUUUGGAGGAGGCCGCAUUGGUGGUGGCGGAGGAGGAGGGAUUGAUGGAGUUGGAGGAGGAUGA